UGCUGAAGUUCAGUGUGAAUUUUGUUGAUGUUCAUUGCCACUCUAUGUUUGCUGUGUAACUUGGCCUACAAUGGAGACCAAUAGUGAACUGAUCCGAAAACGUGCUGAAGUGGUAUUUGAAAUCGCGAAGGACCUGCUAGUUGAUGACGACGACAACGACGACGACGGCGGAGAUAUCGACGAGGAGGAGGAUUCCUUUGGUGAUAAUGACGAAUUAGAGGAGGAAUCGAAAGAAACCGAUCGUGACAGUGACGGUGGAACAACAAGCAGUGCGCAGGAUGCAAAAACGGAAAAACACAAACGUAAAGGAUCGCGUGAAAAGAAAGGCUGGCUGCACACUGUAGCAGGUGUAAUAGUGCGUCCUAUGG